AUGGGGUCGGAGCUGAUUUAUAGAGGCUCUGAGACCCAGCCUUCUUCAGAUUCAUAUUCGCCCAAACCCGUAAAACCAUGGGCCUCCGUCACCCGCACCAUCCAUUACCUCCUCCGCGAACAACGCCUCCUCUUCGUCUUCGUCGGCAUUGCGAUCGCCACCCUGAUUUUCACCGUCUUCCCAACUUCAUCCGCUCCGUACGUCGCUCCUCACAGCCGCUUCACCACCCUGAUCCCCGAUUCCAUUACCUACUUCCCCAUCGAGACCCAACAGAAGUUCUCCUCCGCGCACCGCCUCGGGUUCGGGUCGGCCAACCCGACAAGCAAGAUCCCGUUGGGGCUGAAGCGGAAAGGUUUAAGAAUCGUGGUAACGGGCGGAGCCGGGUUCGUGGGAUCCCACCUCGUGGACCGUCUGAUUGCCAGAGGAGACAGCGUGAUCGUCGUUGAUAAUUUCUUUACCGGAACGAAACAGAACGUGAUGCACCACUUCGGCAACCCCAACUUCGAGCUUAUCCGACACGACGUCGUUGAACCGUUGCUGUUGGAAGUUGACCAAAUCUAUCAUCUCGCUUGCCCAGCUUCCCCAGUUCAUUACAAAUUCAAUCCCGUGAAAACUAUCAUAUCAAAUGUGGUGGGAACAUUGAACAUGUUAGGCCUGGCAAAAAGAGUAGGUGCUAGGUUCUUGUUGACCAGUACAAGCGAAGUCUAUGGAGAUCCACUGCAACAUCCUCAGAAAGAAACUUAUUGGGGCAACGUCAAUCCCAUCGGUGUCCGAAGCUGUUACGAUGAGGGAAAGCGUACUGCUGAAACUUUGACCAUGGACUAUCACCGCGGAGCCGGCGUCGAGGUUAGGAUUGCCAGAAUUUUCAAUACUUAUGGACCACGUAUGUGCAUAGACGAUGGCCGUGUUGUUAGCAAUUUCGUAGCUCAGGCCUUAAGGAAGGAGCCAUUGACUGUGUAUGGUGAUGGUAAGCAGACAAGGAGUUUUCAAUAUGUUUCUGAUCUGGUGGAGGGUCUGAUGCGGUUGAUGGAAGGGGAACAUAUUGGACCUUUUAAUCUUGGAAAUCCAGGAGAAUUUACCAUGCUUGAGCUUGCCGAGGUGGUUCAAGAAACGAUUGACCCGAAUGCAAAGAUAGAGUUCAGACCCAACACAGAAGAUGAUCCACACAAGAGGAAGCCUGAUAUCUCAAGAGCCAAAGAGCUACUUGGUUGGGAACCCAAGGUGUCACUUCGAAAGGGUCUCCCUCUAAUGGUUUCGGACUUCCGGCAACGUAUAUUUGGUGACCAUAAGGAGGGCAGCAACACCAACAAUGCAUCAUCAUCUUAAGGUCUCAUAUUUACACCCAUAGAAAGACCAAUCAAUGAUGCCGACAGCAGCAGCAGCAACAAAUGAAGUCCGUUUAGAGUAGAUUUUGUAGGUUACCAUUUUGACAUGAGAUUUGCAUCUUUGUAGUUUUAUAUCUUAUGUUCCUACCCCGCUUAAGCUUAAUUGACAAUGGGCUUUGCGAAUCUAUAUUCAUCAUUCUUUUGUUUGGUUA